GCGGGCAUCUAUGACCUUGCUCGUAGCGUGAGUAGUGGAUGGGGAUCAGUUGUGGCCUCUUGCUGGUGAGCGCAGGACCUCGCUUGCACACCGGCCUGGACCUUCUUCAGACACGACGGCAUUGUACCACAGUCAGUACCUCAACAGCAAAAAUUCACCCAAGAAGAUGCGGUUAUCUGGAAGCUGCACGGGUGCUGUGAGCGCCUCCCUUCUCAUGAUAGUGAUGAGCGUGCGAGCAGCCGUGGGUAUUCGGAGUCUAGUACGGGGGACGCACGCCCGAGACCUUGCGCUGGGAAGCAAUGCCUUGCAGAGCCUCCAGAGCAUGUGGCAGAGGGACAGCCAGGAGAGUGAGCCCCCACACGUCUACGACCCGAAGGAGACAUUCCAGCAGUUCCUCGAUCAUUCCGAGCGCCAGAGAGCGCGUCGGCGGCAGAUAAAGAAGAACAAACGCAAAAACCAGAUUCCCAUGCCCAGGGUAGGUCCUCCGGGUCCUCCAGGUCCGCGUGGUCCCCCAGGUCCGGCAGGAGAAGCUGGAGGUGCCCUUACCACGGGCGAGAUGGAGGCCUAUAUCACGGAUUUCCUGCGGGAAUUCUUCCAGCAACACAACGACACAGUGCAUAUUCCGGAAUCGUUGGAGAGGGGGGAGAAAUCUAGACGGAGCCGUGUUAACGUCGCCUUCACAGCUCACUUGCCUCACCCUGCCACUCUACGCCCUUCAGUGCUCUCAGUCGUCGAUACUUUUACCGUCACUUUCGCCCCCGGAGCCUUCGAGCGGCGAGUGGUGGUGGAGCACGGGGGAUUUACCGUCACUAAAUCUGGGAUUUACCAGGUGGCAGCGUCCCUUGUCCUCCACCCUCGCGGCCCCUCGCACUCCACUCUCAAGCCUCUCAAAGACAUCCGUGUCUACGUCUGCGUCACUGUUUGCGACAGAGACAGUCGACGUUUGGAAUGGGUGGGGAACGUCGGCGAGGGCUCUGUCACGGCGGUACUAUCGGGCCACAUCAUGCUACGAAGAGGAAACACUCUCCUGGUGGCCGUCGACAACCUCUCUAGGAGGUCACUGCAAGUAGGCACGGGAUCCAGUUUCUCGGCGGCUCUUAUUGGUACGUAGACUCCGCCUCCACAACUCGAAAAAAAACUUUCGCGCUGAACCACUUAGCGAAGAGACCAGGAAGCCCAGAUGAAAAGGAGAGGUAGUCUUUCGAACUCUUAAGGCAUUUCAAAGCAGUAUUCGAGUGUAUUCAGUCUUCCUUAGUGAACACGUGAGCAAGGAUAUAAGGUCCGCAAAAAACGAUCAGUGGACACUUUUAAAGUGUUUUGAUCAUGGCUCAGCAACUACGAUGGGACUUCAGGCCGUACAAACUUGCGAAUCGUGUUUUAGUGUUUUCUUUGCCUGGUGUUUAGUUUUAAGUUAUUAUGAAAGAGACACUGUGCGAAUGAGACUGAAAUGUGGAAUAUUUAUUUCUUUUUUUGUAAAGAAGGGUGAAACUGGAAAAAAAUAUACUCUUUAUGUACAUUCAGUAUUCGAAGCGUUUCCAACAGCUGUUAGGAAACAAGCAUUAUUGACCUUCCUAUACCAGUCACUUUAUUGUAAUCGCUGAGUGAAAAAUCAGCAUUUUAUUACUCUCAUUCUUCUCAUUUCAUUCCAUAUAGAAUAUAAGACAUUGUAUGUAUCUGUACAAAUCAUUAGUGUUAGCAGAUGUCUAUCUAGUUAUCUGAAAUAUGUAUAGAAUCUAAAAUAAAAUGUAUAUUCAAACAAACUCUAUAGGAAAUCCUCGCUCUGGCUUCACAUUCCAGUGGUAGGCCAAAAGGUUACACUGAAGCAAUGUUGUUUAUUGUGACUACUCCUCGUGUUGUAAUUAGACUUGUUCAAACCGUUCUUAACAUAAUACCCACUGGACUCUCCCAUGGGAUAGGCAGCCUUGUUUAAUGUUUUGUGUACUGUAGGUAAUUUUCAUAUGCAUCCACACGUUGUAGGCAUUCUAGUCUACCUCUGUUGAAGGUAAAUAUAUGUACUUUCUCACAUGUACUUUAUUACGUUGUAGGUAGAUCUGUGUAAAUAUAUCUAACUAAAAUGUA